AAAAAAUAUUAAGUAUAAAAGAUAUUAUCGUAAUUAAAUUCAAAAUAUAUUUGUUAUCAAAGAUUAUUAAUAUUUUUUUUCCCUAAGACUCAUUGAAAAUUUACCCUAAACCAUCGUUGGGUCUAAGUACAAAAUUCAUGAUAGCUAAAUCUUUCUCUCUCUCUUAAAAUAAUUACCAAAAUUCAUCGUUCAUGUAAUCGGAAUAAGCUACACGGGUAUACACGUUAACGCGUUUCUGAGUAUCCUUUUCGGGUAACAUAUGAUUUACAGAAUCGGAGAUACUGAUAGCUCCCUGAUGCGGACGCAACAUUCGAUCUGAUCGAAAACGGAAACAUUUUGAUCUCUACAGGCAACCGGCCAUGAAAGCUCUAUGUAGAAUAUUAACAAAUUCUCCAUGUCGUGUUAUUAUAUUCUUCUUCCUGGUCCCAAUUCACAUUUCUUUAGUUGGAGCAGAUGCAUUUGACACUUUAACUAUUCAAAAAGAGAUUAAUGGUCAUCGACCCUUAUUUGACUGUCCUCAGUGUAUAGAUAAGAAGGAACAAGCUAACACAAGCUCUGUGACAGCUGGAAGCCAUCAAGUGGAGAAGGAUAUUGACAUAAUAGUGACAUACACAGACACUUCUGGUGCCAUACGUCAAAGAGGAGUCAAAGAUAUAAACAAACAACCGCAUAAACCAUCGGUUCCUGUGCAUCCAACAAAGCUCAGGCGUCAGGCUUUACGCCAGGAAAGAAGGGAUCGUCGAACUGCAGAGUUGAUCCAAAUAGGCGAAAAGAGGGACAUUCAAAUGCAGGAAGCUGCCAUUGAACGUGCUAAAAACUUUGACAUACAUGUCAAGGCUAAAUACAGUAUUUGGAGACGAGAAUAUGAAAGCCCUAAUUCCGAUUCCACUGUUAAACUCAUGCGUGACCAAAUCAUAAUGGCAAAAGCUUACGCAAGUAUUGCAAAAGCCAAAAAUGCAACCGGAAUCUAUGAUUCCCUAAUUAAACAUUCCAAAAGAAGCCAACAAGCGAUUGGAGAAGCCACUUACGAUAGCGAACUUAACCCAAGUGCGGUUGACCGGGCUAAAGAAAUGGGACACAUUCUAUCUUUAGCAAAAGACCAAUUCUAUGAUUGUAUUUUAAUGGCAAGAAAAUUAAGGGUUAUGCUUCAGUCAACAGAGUCAAACGUUGAAGAAGUGAAGAAAAAGAGUGCAUCUUUAACACAAUUAGCUGCAAAAACUGUACCUAAACCCUUACAUUGCCUUCCUUUAGUUCUCACAACAGAUUAUUUCUUGCUAAGUGAAAAAGAAAAGAACUUUCCAGAAAGCAAGAAUCUUGAAGAUCCAAAUCUAUACCACUACGCGAUAUUUUCCGAUAACGUCCUUGCAACAUCUGUAGUUGUGAAUUCGACUGUUUUACACGCGAAAGAGCCUGAAAAACAUGUUUUUCAUAUUGUGACAGAUAAGUUAAACUUUGCAGCCAUGAAGAUGUGGUUUUUGGUCAACCCUCCUGGAAAGUCAACGAUCCAGGUUCAAAAUGUGGAUGACUUUACUUGGUUAAAUGCUUCUUAUUGCCCUGUUCUUCGUCAGCUUGAAUCCUCUAGGAUGAAGGAGUAUUAUUUUAAGGCGCACCAGACAUCGACAUUGACAGCUGGAUCGGAUAAUUUGAAAUAUAGGAACCCGAAGUACUUAUCGAUGUUGAAUCAUUUGAGAUUUUAUCUUCCUCAAGUGUACCCGAAGUUGGAAAAGAUAUUGUUUUUGGAUGAUGAUAUUGUGGUUCAGAAGGAUUUGACACCUUUGUGGGGUGUUGAUUUGGGAGGGAUGGUGAAUGGUGCUGUGGAGACGUGUAAGGAGAGUUUUCAUCGCUUUGAUAAGUAUUUGAAUUUUUCUAACCCUAAAAUUUCGGAUAAUUUUGAUCCGUAUGCUUGUGGUUGGGCUUUUGGGAUGAAUAUGUUUGAUUUGAUUGAGUGGAAGAAACGCGAUAUCACUGGAAUUUAUCAUGGCUGGCAAAAUAUGAAUGAGGAAAGGACUCUGUGGAAGCUUGGGACGUUGCCACCUGGACUGAUAACAUUUUAUAACCUGACGCAUCCAUUGGAAAGGAGUUGGCAUGUAUUGGGGCUUGGAUAUGACCCGGCUCUUAACCAAAGUGAGAUUAAGAAUGCGGCUGUGGUACAUUAUAAUGGGAACUAUAAACCAUGGUUAGAUCUUGCGAUUGCUAAGUACAGGUCUUAUUGGUCAAGGUAUGUGAAGUUUGAUAAUCCGUAUCUUCAACUUUGUAACAUUAACAGCUUCAUGUUAUCAUGAUAUUCUUGUCUCACAUUUUUGCUUCUUAGUAUAUGAAUUAAAUGUAACACAAUUUGUGCACAGCAUGAGCAUCAUAUAAUAUGAUUUACAUAUUUGGGAUGGAG